GAGCUUCAAGAGAAUCACUUUAUACAACAAUAAUGGCUUCAAUUCCUUGUACUCUCCACUUAAGUUUUUCUUCUUCUUCAAGACCCAAUUUUUCUUCUGUAAAAUUGAAUUCUUGUUUUGUAGGUGUUUCAAAAUUGAAAAGAAUAGGAUGGUGUAGACCAAAUGGAUUGGGGCCAAAUUGUGGUUCAAGAACUACUUGUUGGUUUAAUUUCAGACAAAAUGCUGAAACUGCUGGAGUUUAUGGUAGUCAAUCUCGUGAUGAUUUUGAUAGGGAUGAUGUUGAACAGUACUUCAACUACAUGGGCAUGCUUGCAGUUGAAGGAACAUAUGACAAGAUGGAGGCUCUUUUAAGCCAAAACAUACACCCUGUCGAUAUUUUACUGUUGAUGGCUUCCACUGAAGGCGACUUGCCAAAAAUCGAAGAACUACUGAAAGCCGGAGCAGAUUCCACAGUCAAAGAUGCAGACGGACGUACUGCCCUUGAUAGGGCUGCUAACGGUGAAGUCAAAGAUUUCAUCGUUAACUUUAAAGCCCAGAAGGCGUAAGAAUAUCAAGUUUUGUUGUUAGCAUUAGUUUUCGCCAUAUUUUAGAUCAACGCCAUGUUACCAUAUGUGAGCUAUGUUCUGUAUCUGUUUUGAGAGCUUUGCAUGCUUCAGAAUUGUAGGUUACGGGCGGGCAUUUUACCAGAGGUUUCUAAUCUAUCCUUGUGUGAUUUGUAACGUUCGUUGAGUACUUAUAAAGUUUGAUUUGAUGGUGAA